GCUAUUUUUUGCAUGUGUACAGAACUGGUUUUAUAUGAAAGGAGUUGUAAAAGGAAAGUCCUAUAAGCUAUGAGGAAAGAAGCCAUUUGAAUGGAAUACAUUGUGCCAAACAAGCAACAAGCGAGUUUUCUUGAGUUCAAUAUGUGCUCAGUAGAUUGUGCAACCAUUGCUGCUUGAUCAAAAUACUGAGGAAGAAAGCAAGGCACAAAAGCACCAAGAAUUGUUUAAAUUGUUCAGGAAUUUUAACCACGGUCAUUGUGCUGAAAGGAUUCAUAAUGGGAGAUGCUAGUAAAAUUGCAGGACGAUUUGCUUUGUUAGUCUGGAUGCUGAGUUUGUUUUUUUCAAAAAUAGGUGCAAGAAGACCUAGACCAGUUAAAUGUCCUGUAAGUUGUAUAUGUAUAGAAGAAACAGCCCAGUGUGACCAUGGGAAAUCGAUUCCUCCGAGUUUCCCCCCAGAAAUUAUUAAUUUGUCUUUCAUGAAUUCCGCUUUCAGUGAAAUUCCACAAAGAAGCUUUGUGAAUAUAAAGUCGCUCCAGCUUCUUUUGUUCACUUCAAACUCAUUUUAUUUGAUUGCCAAUGAUGCAUUCAAGGGUGUUGAUCAUCUCAAAUAUCUUUUUAUAGAGAACAAUGAAAUACAAUCCAUUUCAAGCUAUGCUCUUCGAGGUCUCGGAUCCCUUACUCAUUUAAGUUUGGCGAAUAAUAACCUUCAAACACUUCCUAAAGAGUUAUUUAAAGACCUGGAUGCAUUAACCAACGUAGAACUUGGCGGCAAUUCAUUCCACUGUGAUUGCAAAUUGAAAUGGCUGGUGGGAUGGUUGAUGAACACCAAUGCAACAGUUGAUCAGAUCUAUUGUGCAAGUCCAGUACAGUAUAAGGGAAAGAAGAUAAGCAACCUCUCACUGAAAGAAUUUGACUGCAUGAUUGCAGAUUUUGCUCCUUACCAAACUCUGAAAUUUCAAUCCAUGUCAAUUGAAAGCUUCAAUUACAUGACCGAUAUUUAUGUAGUAAUUGCUCAACCUGUUGCUGGGAAUUGCAGCAUCUUGGAGUGGGAUCACGUGGAAAUGGUCUUUCGGAAUUUCGACAACAUCACUGGCACUUCAACAGUUUUCUGUAAGCCGUUGGUCGUCGGGACACAGCUCUUUCUUAUUGUUGCCCAGCUCUUUGGUGGCUCUUAUAUAUAUAAACGAGAUACUUCUGCCAAUAAGUUUAUUAAAAUACAGGACAUAGACAUCUUAAAAAUAAGAAAACCAAAUGACAUUGAAUCAUUUGAAAUAGAGGGAGAAUGGUUCUUCAUUAUUGCAGAUAGUUCAAAGGGUGGAAUCACCACCGUCUACAAAUGGAACGGAAAUGGAUUUUAUUCCCAUCAAUUAUUGCAUCGUUGGUACAGGGAUAUAGAUGUGGAAUACAUGGAAAUAGCCAACAACCCACACUUGAUCUUGUUAAGCAGUUCCCAACGGCCAGUUGUCUAUCAAUGGAACAAAGGGAAGAAGGAAUUUAUAUGGCGUAUCGAUAUCCCAGAUUCAGAAGAUGUACACGCGGUCAAACAUUUUAAAAUGAAAGAUAACUUAUACAUUUGCUUAACAAGGUUUCUUGGUGACUCUAAAGUAAUGAAAUGGGAAGGCUCAAUGUUUGUGGAAGUACAGACAUUCCCAUCAAGAGGCUCCAUGGUAUUGCAACCUCUUUAUAUGAAUGAAUGGCAAUACGCCUUUCUGGGAAGUGACUAUUCAUUUACCCAGAUUUUUCAAUGGGACAUGGACAAAAAGCAAUUUGUGAAAUUUAAUGACGUCUUUAUCCAGGCUCCACGAGCGUUCACCUCUGUGUUGGCAGACAGCCGUGAGUUUUUGUUUGCAUCAAGCUUUAAAGGAACCACGCAAAUAUAUGAACACAUUAUGAUUGACACAAGUGGGAUCUAAAAAAGCUGACCUUGAUCUGCUUAUGUUUACGGGAAGAUUUGUGGAACCACGUAUACAAAUGCUUAUCUUAAUGAAAUCCAUGUGUGAUUUUGUAUUGCUCUGUGUUAACAUAAAGUCUGGUGUAGUCAACACUGCAAAUAAAUCAUUAAUUUCUGUUACUUUUCAAUAACCUUGCAUUUAAGUAACAUUUCUAACUUCAGAAAAUUGAAAGUAAUCUGCGCAUAUUGAAUUGGUACCUUUAUGCAAAAUCACCAGAGUUGGUUGGAAUUUGCUGAGGUAACUGAUUGGAUUGAUCUGCUAAGACAUGAUUAAGACUAAAUCUAAGUCCAUAGACUAAGACUGCAUUCAUAGGUCUGAAAUACUGUUGAAUAAAAGAGCUCAGUCAUGCACAUAGACAUCUUACAGAGGCUGCUGAAUAUCAUAUGAGAUGUUGUAUCUUUUAGUGUUUCCGGUAUCCAGUGUGGGCCACUUAAUCAAAAGCAGAUCAUCACAAUGCUGGGAGAGAAUGUCGGGGAGAAUUUUGUGUUUAACCUGUACCCUGAACCUGGCAUUCACGUGGGGCCCAGUUUACCGUAGACUUUAGACUUUAGAGGUACAGCACGGAAACAGGCCUUUCGGCCCUUCAGCCCACCGAGUCCGUGCCGACCAGCAAUCACCCCCCUACAAUAACUUACACAUGCUAGGGAGAAAUUUACAGCUUACCAAAGCUAAUGAACCUACAAAUUGUAUGUCUUUGGAAUGUGGGAGGAAACCGGAACAGCCGGAGAAAACCCAUGCGGUGAGAGGGAGAACGUACAAACUCUGUACUGACAGAACCUGUAGUCAGGAUCGAACCCGGGUUUCUAGCGCUGUCAGGCAGCAACUCUACCACUGUGUCACUGUGCUGCCCUGUUUGGUGAGGAUGUGAAACGUAUUAUCACUGGUAGUGAAUGAAAUGAACAGCAUGGAUACCUAUAAGAGGUAGCUGGACAGGAAGAUGAGGAAAUAUGGAAUAGAGGGGUAUUAAUGAUAGAUUGAGAACGUUACUCAGGAAGAACAUAAACAAUGGCAUGAACUGGUUGGUCAAACAGCCUGUUUCUGUUUUGUGUAUCCUACAUGAUCUGAUGGGAAACUAAUGUUCUCUGCCAUUGAGAAACAGAAAGAUGUUCAGAUUUAGUUUGAUGCCUGUUGUUUAAUUUUAGUAGCUCGGUUACAUCAAUUGUACAUUUAAAAUGAAUCAUUUAAAAAUGAUGUUAGGAGCUAAUAAAAAUAGUUUCAGACAAAUGAUCCCAACAGUGGAGAAUUAAAUUUUACCCCCAACGCACUAUCGGGAGGGCUAAUCCUCAAAACCUUAUCCCAUUCAACAGAUGCCCCAAAUAAUUGUAUGCCUCAUUGUCAACUUCCCCUCAGCUAACAAUGAUCUAUUCCUCAUUUUCCUUGCACUUCGUCCCUUUUGAUCUCUUGUUUUCACACCUUACCCUUCCAUAUCUCCAUGUCUUCCUCACCCCUGGCUCGCAGUCUGAAGAAAGGUCUCGACCCUAAAUGUUGUCAUCCAUUCCUUCUCUCCAGAGAUGUUGUCUGUCCUGCUGAGUUACUCCAGCAUUUUGUGUCUAUCUUCGGUGUAAACCAGCAUCUGCAGUUCCUUCCUACAGAUUCAGAUUCAGAUUCAAUUUUAAUUGUCAUUGUCAGUGUACAGUACAGAGACAACGAAAUGCAUUUAGCAUCUCCCUGGAAGAGCGACAUAGCAAAUGAUUUGAAUAAAUAAUAAUAAGUGUAAUAAUGAGGGUGGUGAUUGGCAGUCACCGAGGUACGUUGUUGAGUAGAGUGACAGCCGCCGGGAAGAAGCUGUUCCUCGACCUGCUGGUUCGGCAACGGAGAGACCUGUAGCGCCUCCCGGAUGGUAGGAGGGUAAACAGUCCAUGGUUGGGGUGAGAGUAGUCCUUGGCGAUGCUGAGCGCCCUUCGCAGACAACGCUUGCUUUGGACAGACUCAAUGGAGGGGAGCGUGGAACCGGUGAUGCGUUGGGCAAUUUUCACCACCCUCUGCAGUGCCUUCCGGUCGGAGACAGAGCAGUUGCCAUACCAUACUGUGAUGCAGUUGGUGAGGAUGCUCUCGAUGGUGCAGCGGUAGAAGUUCACCAGGAUCUGAGGAGACAGAUGGACCUUCUUCAGUCUCCUCGGGAAGAAGAGACGCUGAUGAGCCUCCUUGAUCAGAGUAGAGGUAUUGUGGGUCCAAGAGAGGU